AUGUCGUCAUCAAAACCACGUUCUAUGAAGUCAUACUUAGUGAAACAACCUGGAUUUGAACAAAUAGAUUUCAAUCACAGGAAAACAUUUAAUGAAAUAGCCUUACUCAGAAAUGGUUCUUGUUUUCAAAACAAACCUAUAUACGUACCAGGAUAUGACAAAGUAUUGCUGAACAAUACUUGUUCAGCAGAUUCUUUGUUAUCAAUUUUAGCGGUGUCUGUUGCAGAAAGCAAUAAUUAUAAAAAGUAUUUAACAGAAGGAAAAAAUAAUAAGAUUGUAGCUGAUUUUGUAAAAAAAAUUAUCGGAAACAGACCGUCUAAAGAAAUGUACAGAGAUCGCGUAUAUUUGCUUGCACUACAUUUUAUAACGGAGAUCAAAAAUCUAAUUGGAGGUAUAAUGCUAGUCAAUACAGUAGACAUGGCUGCAUCGAUGUGCGAAAAAUUAUUGGAAGAUAUGCCAUCGUAUAUUAGAUUAGAUACUUGUCAAAAUAUGUUAUGUUUUGAUAAAGAAAAAAGUUCGGCAGGAGGGGUUGUCAUUACAUUUCUUGGCGUCGAUGGGACUAUUAAUUUACAAAAGAAAUAG